AUGGGAAGCCAUAUUCUGUCCUCACAGGCAUCAACAAUGAAACGUCUCACUGCGUAUGUGCCCAUGUCCGUAAGGAGAUUCAGCAAUUGGCAUGGCACCGAGGAGAAAGCUCCAUCGAUAGCUGAUGAGUUCAAAAGAGUUGCCGAAGAGAAGAGCCGACAAGGGGUUGCUAGUCAGACGGUAGAGAAGGCGCAAGAUGGCAUCGAGGAGGCCACCAUGGACGAUUCCAAAGUUGAAUCCGUCAAGGAGAGGUACAAGGAACCUCCGGGCAAAGGGAACGUCCACAAGACGGGUGACAAAUGA